CAGUAAAGCACGGGUUAUGCUCUACUCGUAGUUAACGAGACUUGAGAGUAACCCCGGACAUCGGUGGUUUCCUUGAUCGGGAAACUGCUGUUUCAGGUGUAUCAUCUACUAAUCAAUUCAAAACAACACUGGAAUCCUGAAAUUCUCCAGCAUUCGUCAACAUGGAUUACCUAAAAACGGUUGUUCCUUCUCAAUUCGUUGCUGAGCGAGGUGCUAAUUUAGUCAUCAUAAACCCAGGUUCUGCCAAUAUUAAAAUUGGCCUUGGUACUCAGGAUGCUCCAUUAAUUAUUCCUCAUUGCAUUGCUCGUCGAACAACUGGUGCUAAUUUACAUCCUCGAAAAAAUGUCGUAGAUCAGGCGUUAAACUCUCAGGUUACUACGGCACAACAUGUCGAGCGCGAGAGAGCUUAUGACACUAUUGCUUCCUUUCUCAAGAUCCCUUCUUUGAAUGAAGAAGUUUCCAAUUCCUAUUCCAGGAAGAUGUCACGCCUUGAUGGAUCUAACCUCACAACUUGCAAAAAAGAACCAGAAUUUACUUGGACGGAUGUUUUUGAGAAAAAACCUGAUUUUUUUCCUCCAUCAGUGAUACAUGCAGAAACUUCAACAAACAAUGAUGUCAGUGAUCACUUGUCAGAUCUUAACAAUGAACAUAAGGAGACUGCUUCUGUCAGUGAACAAAUAUACAGGGAGUUCAUAUGCGGUGAAGAAGCACUAAGAAUUUCACCAUGUGAGCCGUUUUGCUUGAGGAGGCCUAUCCGCCGAGGUCAUUUUAAUGUUUCUCCAUAUUAUCCUGCACAGCAGGUACUAGAAGACCUUCGUACUAUUUGGGAGUGGAUCUUGACUGAGAAACUGCAUAUUCCCUUAAAUCAAAGAACUACGUAUUCUGCUGUUCUUGUUGUGCCAGAAACUUUUGAUAAUCGCGAAAUAAAAGAGUUGAUGUCCUUAGUAUUGGGAGAUCUGCGCUUUGGUGUUGCGGUUGUUCACCAGGAAGCUCUUGCUACUGUCUUUGGGAAUGGGUUAUCAACAGCAUGUGUUGUGAAUAUUGGUGCCCAAGUCACUUCAGUCAUUUGUGUUGAGGAUGGAGUUGCACUACCUGCGACAGGAAUUACGUUAUCUUUUGGAGGAGAGGAUAUAUCAAGAUGCCUGCUGUGGACUCAACGUCAUCACCAAACUUGGCCACCAAUUCGAACUGAUGCAGUGGCAAAACCUAUUGACCUGUUAAUGCUUAAUCGACUAAAAGAGUCCUACUGUCAGAUUAAGGAGGGUGAGACUGAUGCUUUUGUGGUAGUUCACUCGUAUGAGGAUGGCACUUCAGUUGGAGCUCAUAAGACGAGGCUAACAGCUCUUAAUGUACCUCCUAUGGGCUUGUUCUAUCCCAAGCUUUUGGUUCCAGAAGUAUAUCUUCCACCGCCCCGCACGUGGUUCCAUGAUUACGAGGAUAUGUUGGAAGAUACUUCAAAUGUGGAGUACCCAAGGAGACCAGAUGGGUCAGACUUGUAUCCUGGCUUCAAUGCAGGAUUUUCUAUGUGGGAGGGUUAUACUGUUUUUACUAACAAGCAUAAGAAAGAAGAAAACCUUGGCCUUGCUGAAGCCAUCACAAAAAGCAUACUCUCAACCGGGCGAAUAGACCUUCAGAGAAAAUUGUUCUGUAGCAUACAACUGGGUGGCGGUGCAUCUAUGACUAAUGGUCUCGUUGCUGCUGUGGAAGACAGGGUUUUGCAUGCGAUCCCUCCAAAUGAAGCAAUUGACACAGUUGAGGUUUUGCAGUCAAGAAAUAACCCAAUCUAUGUUUCAUGGAAAGGUGGAGUGAUUCUCGCCAUUCUUGAUUUUAGCCGUGAGGCAUGGAUACACCGUGAAGAUUGGAUCCGCGGGGGCUUGUAUAUUGGGAGUAACAGAAAGUACAAAGAUUCUUAUUAUAUACAAGCUCAGCCUAUGUGCUAUAUGAAUUCCUGAGUGCUGUGAGUGGUUUCCUUGCAUGUAAACACACUAGAGGUAGUAUAUUAAGUGGCCAGGUUAGUUUAGCCGCCCUCUAAAACAUCAGUUGGCACAUGGCAAUUGUAAUAGUUGAAACUGGUGUAUAUUAUUGAAUGGGGAAAAUAGUAUGGCGUUUGCUUGCCUGAUACCCUGAGUGGUGUUUAUUAAAAAAAAGGUUACUUGUGGACUUAUGGUUAGCCAAAUAUUUGAUGACUCCUUUAAUAAAUUGGAGUCCUUUCAACGUCUUUGAAUAGAUUUUUUUUUUUUUUUUUUUUGGGUGCAAACCAAAUUCAUGGCGUUUGCUUGCCUGUUACCCUGAGUGGUGUUUGUUGCAAAAAGGUUACUUGUGGACUUAUGGUUAGCCAAAUAUUUUGAUGACUCUUUUAAUAAAUUGGAGUCCUUUCAA